AAUUAACCCUCACCAUCUCUGUAUCCCGCUUGAAGCAUCGCUGCCAUACCAUCUGCAGUCAUGGACGGUCUCGAUGUAUUUUCCGCAAUGGGAAUAGCUGGCUUCGGGAAGAAAACAAAGCAGAGACAGCUUGACCCGAAACGAUUCGAGAAGAACAAACGGGACGAGAUCCUUUUGCCUGCAGUGAAACCAAAUUCUCCGGAGCCGGAUGCUCUGGGACCUCCUAGCAGACCAUCGGGUAGCUCACAAGCUCCAAGUGAAGAGCCCGAAUUCGACUCUGACGAUGUCGGUCCUACUCCUGCACCACCACAACUUGAUGGUAUAGCGCAAGCAGAUCAGAACGAGCCUGAAUUCGAUAUCACCGAAGACGAAUCCGACUUUCCCCAAUUUCCAGUCACACAUGAACUUACCCUCAAAGACCACACCAAAGUCGUCUCAGCAUUAACGCUUGAUCCCUCUGGUGCGAGAGUGUUGAGCGGGUCGCAUGACUACGAUUGUAAAAUGUGGGACUUUGGUGGAAUGGACUGGAGGUGUAAGCCGUUCAAAACUUGGGAACCUGCGGGCACUUACUAUAUUCACGACCUCAAGUAUUCGAACGAUGGACAUCAGUUCUUGGUCAUUUCUGGGACGACUCAGGCGAAGUUAUAUGAUCGAGAUGGAGAAGAGCUUGGUAUAUAUGUCAAGGGCGAUCCAUACAUUCGCGACAUGAAGAAUACUAGUGGUCAUGUUGCUGAGCUAACAUCGUGCGCCUGGCAUCCGAAAGAUCCUCAAACUUUCAUCACGAGCUCAAUGGAUUCAACAAUCAGGAUAUGGGAAGUUGAGAAUAGGCGCAAGCAAAAGUCGGUGAUUGUGGUCAAGUCGAAAGAACGUGGUGCUCGUACGAAGGUCACCUCUUGCUCAUAUUCUCCAGAUGGCGGCAUCAUAGGCGGCGCAUGCUUUGAUGGUGCGAUUCAUAUGUGGCAGACCAAGUCAAACUUCGUGCGACCCAGUAUGACCAUCGAGGGCGCUCACACCAAAGGAACCGAGACCGGCUCAUUGGUAUUCUCGGUGGAUGGCCGAACUGUUCUCACCAGAGGCGGAGAUGACACGGUGAAGCUAUGGGAUCUGCGCGCUUUCAAGAAGCCUCUUGCAACUCACGAGGAUCUCAGGACCUUGUACCCAACGACGAAUGCUAUCUUCAGUCCUGACGACAAGUUUGUUGUCACAGGAGCUGGUGCGACAUCGAAAGGUGGGAAGGGUCGACUCAUGUUCCUGAAAAAGGAUGGUCUAGAAGCAGUGAAAGCACUCGAAGUUGAUACGACACCUGUGAAGGUGGUAUGGCAUUCGAAGAUCAACCAGAUUGUAACGGGACUGGCGAACGGUCAAAUAUGUGUUCUUUAUUCACCUCAAACAUCCAUCAACGGUGCAAAGCUGUUGCUGAACAAGGGUCCACCGCGCAAAGCCACUAUCGAAGAUAUGUCGGACGCUGUAUCAGCGCCAACCAUUAUUACUCCGCACGCGCUGCCAAUGUUCCGAGACGGAGAGAUUGCCCGCGGAAGCAAACGCAAGAGAGAGAAGGAUCGUAUGGACCCGCGCAAGAGCAGGAGACCAGAAUUACCAGUUACUGGACCAGGAAAAGGCGGGCGGGUUGGAGCCAGUGCCACGCAACAUGUCGUCCAGAACCUUGUCAGAGAUACGACCAGAGACGAAGAUACCCACAGUCAAUACUACUGCAUUGUUCGAGGGCUUUGUCCCUUUGAGCUUUGUUGUGAGCAAAGCGUGCUCAUUGACGUUUCCCGCCGUUGUCGCUUUGUGGCAGCUAAGCGUUGGAGGCGGAAAGCCUUGCGAUGUUCUAUCAUACAGGGGUUGGCCGUUGCCUGUGCAACACGCCGGAAUCAUGCGUCAAGAUUCCGGGAGCGCCGGGUGAUGGCAUCUGCUGUGGCUACCUCUUUGUCUCCUCCCCCGUUGCCGUGUCUGUUCGCAUGCUAACAAAUUUGUGUUUUCUUUGCAGCCUCGAGAGGCCUUACUGCGGCAUGCAGCGAGCGCAGAGCAAGAGCCAGUGUGGACAGCAGCCUGGCGCGCAAACCAGCCCAAGCCUGUAUGGUCAGCAACGGAGGAGGGCGAGAAGGACGAGGACAAGCAGUAGGUACAGUGUGUACGUAGCAGUAGCGAGCAGCGAGCAGAAGAGAGGCAGAGUGGGCGGGGGAGAGGGCAGCGGCGGGGCAGGGAGGAUGUUUUUCUGCGCGGGAGCUCGAACCUUAUUUUGCACCGGGUAUAAAGACUCUAGCCCAUGUUCGGAUCUCUUGUCUCCCUAAAUCUUCCCCGCCCCCCAAAGUCCUCUGUCACUCCCUCGUGACUGUCACGCGCCCCCGACCACUAUGACUGGCGCGCUCACAAACGGUUUCCUCAACGGCGACCACAUCGUCAACGCUCCCGACUCCCCCGCAACACCCAUUGACGACAGCACCAUUGCCGACAUCAAGAUCGACGUCGACGCUCCCGCUGCAGAUAGUGAUUUGAGGCAUGAGCCUGUGUCUAUGAAAAUAGACGGUAUAGAG